GACCUCACGUACAAAAUGCUGGGCUUAACGGUGAUAUACGUGCCCCGUGAGGGCAGCCAGCUCGCGGAACAAGAGUCCGCCGACGAGUCCAGUAUCGAUAAGGAGCUGGUCAAGAGGCUCGAGGGCGUGGUGGUACAUUGGACUACACAGAUCAGAAUCGCCCUCAUGGACCAGGAACAAGCGACGCCCAACGAGUUACUGUGCCUCCAGGACGAGUACGAGUUCUGGACCUAUCGAUACGACAAUCUCUGUGGUUUAAACCAUCAACUCCAAACAUCCACCGUGAAGAAGAUCACGGAGUAUCUCUCGGUCAGUCACUCGACGUACGUUCGUCAGUUUCUCGCGUUGAAGGACGAGAUCGAGGACGGUGUCAAGGAAGCAAAGUCGAACAUCGAGUACCUGCGCAGUCUACAGGCACCUUCGGCCGAGCUGAAUAAAUGCACCGAGCCGUCGGAGAUUGGGAAACAUCUGAUGAAGAUCAUACACCUGUUUCGUGUAAUCUGGCUGAAUUCACCGUACUACAAUAGCCAGGAGAGAAUCGAAAAUCUGUUUGGGGCCCUCAGCAACCAGAUCAUCAUACUUUGCCGUGGCUUCAUCGAUCUGACAGAGAUUUUCGAAGGUAAAACCAGGAAGUCCAUACAGAAGUUGAAUGAAUGCCUGGAAGCCUGUGAAAAUUACAGAUCUGUCUACGAAAAGAUAGCGCACGCGCACACCACACUGACGCAUGUACCGUGGGAUUUAAACGUGGACAAUAUAUUCAGUCGUAUUGAUAUUUUCAUCGGCAGGUGCCAGGACAUGAUUGAGGUCUGCCAGGCGAUGAUCGAUUUCGCCAGAAUGGACGAAACCGUGGAGGAAACAAGGCCAAUGUUCAGCGGGACCAAAGGAAAAGAACGGGAAUGGGGCUGCCAGAAGAUCGAUAGGCUGUUCCACGAGGCGUUGCUGAAAAUCAGACAGAACUCUGCGAAGAUCUUCGACGUUCUCGAGGGAACGUGGCACGAAGACAUGUUCGCGUUCCGCUCGGAGCUGAAGGAUCUGGAAGUCAUAAUCGAGAACCUGGUCACGUCAGCUUUCGUCGGGAUGAACAACGUACAGGAGGGGAUCGAGGAUCUCCAAGGAUUCUACAAUUAUAUGAACCGCGAGACGUUGAAAUCGCUGUUCGACGAGAAGACUAACGACAUAUGGAGGCUGUACAGCGACGAGAUCCAACAGACGAAGCAAGAGGUCCUUGACGAAAGGGAAGAGUAUCCUGCGAUGACACCGUAUUACGCAGGCAGAGCGUUGAAUCUACGAGCGAAAGGGGCACGUCUGGAGUCAACGAGGCGGAUGCUGGAGGAGGCCGCGUGGAUGCCCAAUUGCAGCAUGAGCCUGGACAUCUACUAUCAACACGACAUCGUGAUGAAGUCGAUCGACGAUCUGAUCACCUAUCUAUACCAUAGCUGGAUCCUAUCGGUCGGCGAGAAUCCACGUGCGAAGCUCGAUCGUUUUCUGAUGCGUCGAGCUGACGGAAAAACAGGGAAUCUCGAGUGCACAAUCGAUCCUGACAUUCUGACGCUCGGUCGCGAAUCAGCCUGCUGGGUACAUCAAAGGUUCCCCAUACCGGUUCACAUACGAGUCAUCCAUGAUAAAUGGGACACCCUGCGUUUCGUCUACGAGAGCGUCUUGGCUGUCGUUAUCUCCUACAACAAAGUGAUAGAUGCGCUGUCGCCGACCGAGCGCAGUCUGUUCCGCGAGCUGAUUCGCCAGCUAGACAGGAAGAUCAAUCCGGGCUUAGGCAGGCUGACAUGGAACACGGAAUACGUGGAGGCAUACAUCGAGGAUUGCUUUAACGAAAUGGCAAAUCUGCAAGAGUUCAUCGACGUUUACAAAGAGGCGAACUUCGAGGUGGUGCAAAUCUGCGAAAACAUCUGCGACACGCCGAUGAUCAAGAUCAAGCCGAACUACACGUACAGGCUACAAGAACUGGAGCAGGACUUGCUGACGACCAGGGACGAGACCAUCAACGAUAUGCUGACGAAACACAUAAAGAUGACGCAGUACAUCCUGGUAAUUUACGAAGGAUUCAAACAAGUCAUCGAGGAUAGCUUGAACGAAUGGAGAUCGUUCCUGCACAGGAUCGAUACAGUAAUCAUGGAGGCGUUCAGACAGUGUCUAAGAGGAUCUUUGGAGAUGAUGUACUUGGCACUUCACGGUGACGAGUCCUCGCCCCCGUCACCGUUCAUUCUGGUUCACGUUGAUCUUGUCGAUAACAAGAUAAACUUCACGCCCAAUCUUAUGGAUAUCGCGUCAGUGAUCUCGGGGAUCUUCGACAACCUGCUGGACCCGCUGAAAAAGGUCCAUCGUAUGGUCAGCAAGUUUCGGUUCGAGCACACCAAUCCGCCAUUCUGGUCGUUGUACGAAAAGGACACGGAGCUGUUGAAUCUUCAACAGAAACUUAACGACGAGGUGAACUUCUGUUUCGCGCAAAUGCAAGCCUACCUGAAAACCUGGGAGCCCUUCCAAGAAGUCUGGGAGAUCAACAGAUACCUGUAUCUCCAGAGGUACGAGAAACUGAGGCCCACCGCCGAGUCAUACGACGCGGACAUCACCAGGUACAAUAUCGUCGCGAACAACGUUCAUAUGCAGGAAACGGUGAUGACUGUUCACUUCCUAGACGUGAAUUCAGAUCGAUUGAAGGGGGCGAUCAUCGAAGAAUGCUCAAUUUGGCAGCAGAAGUUUCUCGAGCUUCUCGAGAAGCAGACCGAGACCAUGGUGAACCAUGUUUAUCACUAUAUCUCGGAGAACUCGAGGAAAAUAACGAAGGAACCGACGGACCUGAUCAGUAUGCAGUACUCGCUGCAGUUGUACGAAAGGCUCACCAGCGAGAUUCCGAGGGAGGAGAAGGAAUUCCCGAAGAUCCAGGAGCAAUACCAGACUCUGGAGAAGUACGAGAGGCCUUUGACGUUCGACUUCAAACGGAAAGUAGGCCACAUACCGCCCGCGUGGGCGGCGUACCUGGACGUGCUCACUCAGAGUGAGUUGAUGCUCAGCGAGAAAAAGGAGGAAUUUAAGAAUAUGUUGUUACAAGACGCCAUGAUGAUGAAGGACGAAGUGACCGUGCUAGUGGCCAAGUUCGCUGUGACGGGUCCCUUCACGUCCGACUGGAUAACGAAAGAUGCAUUCGAUUGGAUCGACUAUGUCCACCGGGAGAUCGAUUCCUUGAAGAGAAGAGAGAGUCAAUUGAAGUCGCAGCUGACCAUUUUCGGGAUCAGCCAGUCGGACAAUCUGGAGCUGAUACAGCUAGAGAAGGACCUAGCUGCUCUGGAGCUGGUGUGGCAAUUGACGAACGAGUGGUACGAGGCGUGGGACAGGUAUAGGACCGACAACUUCUGGCGGAUCGAGAUGGAGGAGAUGGACAACACCGCGAACGUUCUCUUCAGGAAGCUGAAUCGUCUCAACAGAGAAUUGAAAGAGAAGAAUUGGGAGAUCAUCGAGCAUUCGAGGAUGCUGGUGGAUAAAUUCCGGCGCACCCUUCCGUUGAUCACCGACCUGAAGAACCCAGCGAUGAGAUCACGGCACUGGAAGAAGGUCAAAGAAGUCAUCGACCGUGACUUCGACGAGACCUCGGAGACGUUUACACUGGAGGCGAUCGCCGAGAUGCAGCUGCAGAAUUUCGCUGAACAGAUCGCGGAUAUCUCGAACGCGGCCACGAUGGAGCUGGCCAUCGAAACUGGUCUACGGAAUAUCAGCCAUGUCUGGCAGAGCAUGCCCAUACAAAUGGUACCGUACAAGGACAGAGGGAUAUACAAGCUGUUGUCCAUAGACGAUGUGCUGCAAACUCUGGACGAACAACAGGUUCAGCUGUCAGCCAUGAAGGCGACAAGGUUCGUCGAGCCAUUCGCUACCGAGGUCGACUACUGGGAACGCACCUUGUCCGCCGUUGGGGAGGUCCUCGAAAUGACGCUAAUCAUCCAACGUGGAUAUAUGUACAUGGACAAUAUAUUCACCACGGAGGACAUCAAGAAACAAUUGCCCAAGGAGAGCGACGUGUACGACAAGCUGACCAAGCAAUGGAAGACAAUCACAUCGCGUAUGGCGCAAAAGGCUCUGGCUCUUCCUGCCACCCAUGAACCACCCGGGCUGCUCGAAGUUCUGAAUAAAAUCAACGACAACCUGGAGUCGAUGCAACGCGCCCUGGAACAGUAUCUCGAGACCAAACGACACGUGUUCCCGAGAUUCUAUUUCAUCUCGAACGACGACCUGCUGGAGAUACUGGCGAACGCUAGAAAACCGGAACUGAUACAACCGCACAUCAAGAAACUGUUCGAGAACAUUAAAUCGCUGAAUCUCGGCAAGUCUCUGACAGGAAAAUAUUUGGCCAACGGUAUGUUCUCGAUCGAGGGCGAAUACGUCGAGUUCUCCGCCUCAGUUCUCCUCGAGGGUCAAGUCGAAAGAUGGCUCUGCGACGUCGAAACCGCGAUGAGAACGAGCCUGCGCGAUGUGCUGAGGCAGUGUCGAACCGCCCUCCGAAAAAUGACCGCGAAACGCGACAGGUGGGUGAAAGAGUGGCCGAGCCAGCCGGGAAUUACGUCCACUCAGAUCCAGUGGACCGCCGACUGUACCCGCACCCUUCUGCACUGCAAGUUGUUAGACUCGAGACGACCGCUGAAGAAACUACGAAGACGUCAGAAUCAGGCGCUGAACAAGUACUCGGAGGCGAUCAGGAGCGACUUGAGUCGAUUGGAUCGUCUGAAGUUCAAGGCGAUCGUGGUGAUCGAGAUCCACGCUAGGGACGUUGUCGAGAAGAUGUACAGAUCCAAUUGCAAAGACGUGUCAGAGUUCGAGUGGCUGUCGCAGCUACGGUUCUACUGGGACAAAGACAUCGACGACUGCAUUGUAUGGCAAACGAACACGCACUUCGUCUACGGGUACGAGUACCUUGGGACCAGCGGACGUCUGGUCAUAACGCCCUUGACCGAUCGGUGCUACAUCACUCUGACCACCGCCCUCCACCUGUACCGCGGUGGCAGUCCAAAGGGGCCAGCUGGGACAGGUAAAACUGAGACCGUGAAGGAUCUUGGUAAAGCGCUUGGAUUCAACGUGAUCGUGGUGAACUGUUCCGAAGGGUUGGACUAUAAAAGUAUGGGGAGGCUGUUCUCCGGGCUGGCGCAGACCGGUGCAUGGGGUUGCUUCGACGAAUUUAAUCGCAUAAACAUCGAGGUAUUGUCGGUGGUGGCGCAACAGAUACUCUCUAUACUCACAGCGAUCUCGCAGAAAAUGAACAAAUUCGUGUUCGAGGGCACGGAGAUAUCGUUGGUACACACAUGCGGUAUUUUCAUCACGAUGAAUCCUGGUUACGCUGGUAGAACAGAGCUACCAGACAAUCUGAAGUCAAUGUUCCGGCCGAUCUCGAUGAUGGUGCCUGACAGUGGCAUGAUCGCUGAGAUCAAUCUGUUCGGCGAGGGUUUCGAGAACACCAGAAUUUUGGCUAGAAAGGUUUUCACUUUGUACACGCUGGCCCAGCAACAGCUCAGCAAACAGUAUCACUACGACUUUGGUUUGAGAGGUAUCGUGACUUUGACCAGGUACGCUGGCAAGAAGAAGAGGCUCUACCCGAAUUUACCAGAUGACGAGGUGAUCAUCCUGGCGAUGAAGGAUAUGAACAUCGCUAAACUCACAUCCGACGAUCUACCGUUGUUCCUUGGCAUCACCAGCGAUCUAUUCCCGGACGUGGAGGUGCCGAGCGUCGAUUACGAGGAAAUUAUCGCUUAUAUAACCAAGGAGGCGAUCAAGCUGAAGCUUCAGCCUAUUCCCCUGAUACUGACGAAAGUUAUCGAACUGUACGAGACGAUGAGCUCGAGACACUCGACGAUGAUGGUCGGCGAGUCGAACACUGCGAAAACGGUCACCUGGCAGAUACUGCAGAACACGAAGACCAGCAUGAAGAACGACAAGAAACCGGGCCACAACGUCGUCCAUGUGCAUCCCAUCAAUCCGAAAGCGUUGAGCCUCGGCGAGCUGUACGGCGAAUACAAUCUCUCGACUGGCGAAUGGCACGACGGCGUGAUAUCCUCGAUCAUGCGGAAAACCUGUUCCGAGGACACACCUGACGAGAAAUGGAUCCUCUUUGACGGGCCUGUGGACGCUGACUGGAUAGAGAACAUGAACAGCGUCAUGGACGAUAAUAAAGUUUUAACACUGAUAAACAAUGAUCGUAUCACGAUGCCCGACCAAGUGUCCCUAUUAUUCGAGGUUCAGGAUCUAGCAGUCGCCUCUCCUGCGACUGUUUCCAGAGCUGGUAUGGUCUACAACGAUUACAAAGACCUCGGUUGGAAACCGUACAUGACAUCCUGGUUACUAAAAUACAACGGAAAACCAGAAUUCACAGAGGAGAUGCAGAAACUGUUCGAGGAGUACGUGCACACUACCAUCGAAUUUAAAAGACUGAAAUGCGAGGAACUGGUCCCUGUACCAGAACUGAACGCAGUUCAAUCGUUGUGCAAGCUUCUCGAGGUGCUGGCCACCCCCGAAAACGGAGUAGAGUUCACAGGGGACAGAGACGUAUUCGCAAAUAUCACGAAAAUGUGGUUCUUCUUCUGUAUGAUCUGGUCGAUCUGCGGUUCCGUGAACGAGGAGGGUCGCUACAGGGUGGACAAUUACAUCCGCGAGAUCGAGGGCUCUUUUCCACUCCGCGACACCGUUUACGAGUACUUCGUCGACUCUCGUCUGCGAGCGUUCGUCUCGUGGGAGGAGAGGUUGCCUCAGGCAUGGAGGAUUCAAUCAGGGACGCCAUUCUACAAAAUCAAUGUCCCGACUGUGGACACGGUCCGAUACGAGUACAUCAUCGGUUCCCUGCUGAGGAACGAGUUCCCUGUGUUACUUGUGGGCCCUGUGGGCACAGGGAAGACCUCGAUGUUCCAUACAAUCCUGAACUCCUUGAACACUGAAAAAUAUGCCGUUCUGACAUUGAACAUGUCUGCUCAGACCACCUCGAAGAACAUACAGGAUACGCUUGAGAGCAGACUGGAGAAACGCACGAAAGGGAUCUACAUCCCAAUCAGUGGGAAAAAAAUGAUCUCCUUCAUGGAUGACUUCAACAUGCCCAUGAAAGAGACUUAUGGCUCCCAGCCGCCCCUGGAACUCAUCCGACAAUUGAUAGGAUAUGGAUUCUGGUACGAUCGCCGGAAGCAGAUCAGGAAGUACGUGCAAAGAGUGCAUUUAAUGGCCGCCAUGGGCCCACCUGGCGGGGGACGUAACGUAAUCACGAAUCGACUUCUGACGAAGUUCAACGUUAUCAACAUGACGUUCCCCGUCGAGAAGCAAAUCGUGAGGAUAUACGGAACGAUGCUGAAUCAACAUUUGGCCGACUUUCAUUCGGAAGUCAAGGGAAUAAGUAACGAGGUCACAUUGGCCACCAUCGAUCUCUACAAUCACGUCAUCCAAACGAUGCUGCCAACUCCGGCGAAAAUGCACUAUCUGUUUAAUUUACGAGACAUAUCCAAGGUGUUCCAAGGUUUGCUGCGCAGUCAUAUAGACUACCAAUACUCUAGAUCAACGUUCCUUCGAUUGUGGAUGCACGAGACGUUCCGAGUGUUCUGUGACAGACUCAUCGACGAGAAGGACAGAGAUUGGUUCCUGGAUGAGCUUAGUCGUCAGCUUGGAAAAUACUUCGAGAUGACUUUCAGUAAUAUCUGCCCGGAGAAAAGGUGUCCAAUUUUUGGUAGCUUCAUGAACGCCUGGGACAUAUACGAAGACUUAGCAGACAUCGGCGCCGUGAGAACGCACAUCGAGUCGCAAAUGGACGAAUACAACGCCUCCACGGGUGUGGUUCGCCUCGAUCUUAUUCUCUUCCGGGACGCGAUCGAGCACAUAUGCCGAAUCGUUCGCGUGAUCUCUCAACCUCGAGGCAACAUGCUUCUGGUGGGAGUCGGUGGUAGCGGACGACAAUCGUUGUCACGGAUUGCGGGCUACAUGUGCGAGCUGACCACCUUCCAAAUCUCGGUCACGAAAUUGUACAAGCUACCGGAAUUUCGCGAGGACCUGAAGGUUCUGUACUCGAAGACCGGCGUCGAGAACAAGGCGAUGUCGUUCCUUUUCAACGACACCCAGGUAGUCGAGGAACAAUUCUUGGAAGUUGUGAACAGUAUAUUGAGCACAGGCGAGGUGGCCAACCUGUUUAAAAGCGACGAAAUGGAAGAGAUUAAAAAGCAACUGUCGAAGGACGCGAUCAAAGCUGGACGUGUACCAACAACCGAGACGAUCUACGCGCUGCUGAUCGAGAGGGCGCGCGCCAAUAUGCAUCUGGUGCUGUGCAUGAGCCCGGUCGGGGACGCGUUCAGGAACAGAUUACGCCAGUACCCGGCCCUGAUCAACUGCACAACCAUCGAUUGGUUUCUGGAAUGGCCGCGGGAAGCUCUGCUCGAAGUUGGCAACAAGUUCCUCAUGAAUCUCAAUCUGACGCUCACUAUCACCGGCGAAAAUAAAGCGGAACCACGACAAUCCGCGACGGCGAUUCCGUUGCCUCCGCUUCAGGAACGUAUGCGGGAUGGAAUAGCGGGGACCUUCUCUCUAAUUCACGAGAGUGUGUCACAGUUUUCGCGUAGAAUGGCCAUGGAGAUGAAGCGGUACAAUUACGUGACACCGGUGAAUUUCCUCGAACUGGUCGCUGGCUAUAAAACAAUGCUCGCGGAAAAGAGGCAGGAAUUAGCGGACCAGGCGAACAAACUUCGGAACGGCCUCUCGAAGAUCGACGACACCCGAGUCAAAGUGAAUGAAAUGGCUGCCGAGCUCGAAGUCACGCAGGAGCAGGUUCAUAAAUCUACCAGGGAAUGCGAAGAGUUCCUGGUGACCAUAGUGAAUCAGAGACGGGACGCCGACGAGACGCAGAAAACCGUAACGGCCAGAUCGAAUCGGAUCGCCGAGGAGCAAAAGGAAUGCAAGGCGCUCGAAGAGCUGGCUCGCGCUGACCUCGAAACUGUCGAACCAGCUCUGAACGAGGCCAUGAAGGCUCUGGACGCGCUCAGCAAGAAGGACAUCUCCGAAAUAAGAUCUUUCACGCGUCCGCCGCCGAAAGUCGAGAUGGUAAUGGAGGCGGUGAUGAUCCUGAAGACCUCCGAGCCGAGCUGGGCGGAGUCGAAGCGUCAGCUUGCUGACGUGAACUUUCUCAACACGCUACGGGACUUCGACAAAGACCACAUAUCCGAUAGAACGCUGAGAGCCAUCGCCAGGUACACAUCCAAUCCCGAAUUUGAUCCCGAAAAAGUCGGCCAGGUAUCGAUCGCCGCGAAGUCGCUCUGCAUAUGGGUCAUAGCCAUGGAGAAAUACGGGAAGCUGUUCAGAAUUGUCGCGCCGAAGAGGGAGAAGCUGUACGAGGCGCUGGCGUCAUUGAAGCAGAAGGAGGAUGCCCUCAAGGAGGCGAUGCAUCAAUUCGAAAAAUUGCAAGAGAAACUGGAGAAGCUGCAGGAGAUGUACGACGGGAAGAUGCGCGAAAAGGAGGAGUUAAUUAAACUGGCGGAGCUAUUGAAGCUGAAACUGGAACGGGCCGGGAUGCUAGUCGACGGUCUUUCCGGGGAACGAAUACGAUGGGAGAACACGGUCGGUUCACUGGCCACGUACUUCGACUGGCUGCCAGGUGAUUGCCUAAUAUCCACCGCCUUUGUGUCCUAUUUGGGUCCCUUCGUGUCCAAUUACAGGGAGGAGCUGAUAAGCAUGUGGAUGAAGGAGGUGACAGAGAAAGAAAUUACAACCUCCCCUGACCUCAACUUGAAGGAAUUCCUGGUAGAUCCAGCAAUAAUCAGGGAGUGGCGAAUCCAAGGCCUACCUUCGGACGACUUCAGCACGGAGAACGGUAUCAUCGUGACCAGGGGGACCAGAUGGCCCCUGGUGAUCGAUCCCCAGUGUCAGGCGGUGAAAUGGAUCAAGAACAUGGAGACAAAGAACUCGCUGAAAGUGAUCGAUUUUGGGCAAGCAGAUUUCAUGAGGGUCCUGGAACAGGCGCUGCAAUUCGGUCGUCCGGUACUUCUGGAGAACAUCGGGGAGCUGAUCGAUCCCGCUCUGAACCCGAUCCUCGACAGAUCCUUCGUCACUCUAGGUAACCAGGUGGUGAUCAAAUUCAACGAAAAGAUGAUCUCCUACAACAGCAACUUCCGUCUGUUCAUCACGACGAAACUGGCGAAUCCCCAUUACGCACCAGAGGUGUCCACUAAGACGACUUUAUGCAACUUCGCCAUUAAGGAACAGGGACUGGAAGACCAGCUCCUGGGUAUCGUGGUAAGAAAAGAGAAGCCGCAGCUCGAGGAACAGAAGGACAAUCUGGUCAUCACGAUCUCGAGCAAUAAACGAACCCUCAAAGAGCUCGAGGACCGAAUCCUCCACUUGCUGAACGUGGCCGGCGAUAGCCUCUUAGACGAUCUCGAUCUACUGAGCACCCUGCAAUCCUCGAAAGCGACCGCGUCCACGAUCGAAGAAUCGUUAGUGGUGUCCGAGAGUACCGAGAAAAAGAUCGAUCUAGCUAGAGAGGAGUACAGACCGUGCGCCCAGCGUGCAGCGAUACUAUUCUUCGUGUUGAACGACAUGAGCCUGAUCGAUCCGAUGUACCAGUUCUCAUUGGACGCGUACGUCACCCUGUUUGUCCUGUCUAUCGAGAAGAGCCCGAGGAGUGUAAAGCUCCAGGAGAGGAUCGAAAGCCUGAACGAGUAUCACACUUACGCCCUGUACAAAAACACGUGUCGCGGUCUGUUCGAGCAUCACAAGCUGCUGUUCUCGUUCAACAUGUGCAUCAAGAUAUUGGACGCCCAGGGUAAAGUUUCCCACGUCGAGUACGGGUUUCUGUUGCGCGGCGGGAUUGUUCUGGAUCGUGAGAAUCAGCCGGACAAGCCGGUUCCAUGGCUGCCGGACGAAACUUGGGACAACGUCACCGAGCUGGACAAGGUUCCUGGAUUCCACGGACUGGUCUCCUCGUUCGAGCAGUUCCCGCGGGAUUGGAAUCUGUGGUACGUCAGCACGGAACCAGAAACGAUACCACUGGUCGCCGAAUGGGAAACGCACUGCAACACAUUCCAGAAGAUGCUAGUGAUACGAAGCUGUCGGCCAGAUAGAAUCUCCUUCUGCGUCGCGCACUUCAUCGUGAUAAAUCUCGGUCAAAGAUUCGUGGAGCCCCCGGUACUCGACCUGAAAGCCGUCCUCGACGAUUCCGUCGCCCAGACCCCACUCAUAUUUGUUCUCUCGCCUGGUGUGGAUCCUACGAGCACUUUGACGCAAUUAGUCGACAGCCAGGAGAUGACUAAUCAUUUUAUGACUCUGUCCCUGGGUCAAGGACAAUCCCCUAUCGCCACCAGAAUGAUAGAAGUCGGAGCGACAGAAGGGGCAUGGGUGUUUCUAGCCAACUGUCAUUUGUCGCUCAGCUGGAUGCCGAAAUUGGACAAGAUCGUGGAGACAUUAGGGUCCAGUAAAACUCUCCACCCACAGUUCAGAUUGUGGCUGAGCUCCAGUCCAACUCCGCAGUUCCCUAUAUCGAUCCUUCAGGCGGGUAUCAAGAUGACCACCGAACCGCCGAAAGGUCUGAGGGCGAACAUGAAGCGUCUUUACGGUUUAAUAACCGAGACCCAGUUCGAGCUAUGCCAAACGAAGCACAAGUACAAAAAGCUUCUGUUCGCCCUGGUAUUCUUCCAUGCGAUUCUCCUCGAACGUAAAAAGUUCCAGCAAUUGGGCUGGAACGUUGUCUACAGCUUCAACGACUCGGACUUUGUGGUGUCCGAGAAUCUCCUCCAGGUCUACCUGGACGAAUAUCCAAUCACUCCAUGGGAAUCCUUGAAAUAUCUCGUUGCUGGUGUUUGCUACGGCGGUCACGUGACCGAUGACUGGGAUCGCCGGUUGCUGAUGACGUACGUGCAACAAUAUUUCAAUGAGGACGCGCUGACUGUGCCCAAUUAUCGUUUGUCAUCGUUGCCCACCUAUUACGUGCCGCGGGACGGUUCCUUGGAGUCCUACCGCGAUUUCAUCGCUGUGCUGCCCAGCGUGGACAGACCAGAAGCGUUUGGUCAACACACGAAUGCGGACAUAACCUGUCUGAUCAUGGAGACACGGAAUAUGUUCAAGACGUUGAUGGGUCUUCAGGUUCAGACGGCCACCAGCGAGGAGAUCAGCAAGGAGGAAAAAGUGACACAGCUAACCGCGGACAUAUUGUCGAAGAUACCGAAUAACAUCGAUUACGAGACCACGCAGAAGCUAAUAGGGCCGAAGAAGUCGCCGUUGGACGUGGUCCUGUUGCAAGAGAUACAACGCUACAAUAUUCUUCUACGUAAGACACGUAACAGUCUGCGGGAUCUUCAGCAGGCAAUUAAAGGUCUGGUCCUGAUGUCGUCCGCAUUGGAGGAGAUCUUCACGUCCGUCUACGAGGGACGUGUUCCCUCGGCCUGGCUGGUCGCUUAUCCGUCCUUGAAGCUACUGGGUGCCUGGACCAGGGAUCUGGUCAGCCGUGUGGAACACUUCGACGAAUGGGCGCGAACCACCCAUCCGCCGUUGCUGUUCUGGCUGGCCGCGUACACGUUCCCAACCGGUUUUCUCACCGCUGUACUACAGACGUCGGCCAGAUUAUGGAACGUAUCCAUCGAUUCUCUGUCCUGGGAGUUCAAUGUUUUCACCAUCGACGAGUCAGCGAUCAUCGAGCCACCUGUGGACGGCGUGUACAUACGCUCGGUAUUUCUCGAAGGCGCCGGCUGGGACAAGAAGAACAGCGUGCUCGUCGAGCCGGCCCCCAUGCAACUUGUCUGCACCAUGCCAGUGAUUUACUUUCGACCCACGGAGCAUCUCAAGAAGAGGACAAAAGGACUCUACAACUGCCCCUGCUACUAUUAUCCUCAGAGAAGCGGAGACCAAGGACGGCCAUCUUUCGUUGUCGUUGUUGACCUGAACGCUGGCCCCGAAGGAUCGGAAUUCUGGAUCAAACGGGGCACUGCUCUACUGCUGAGUCUCUCGACUUAG